AUGUCGCAACAAUAUUAUCAUAUGCCAGAUCCAAUAAAUUACGCUCCCCCUCCAACCUCACCUAAUUCGACCCAUCCAUACACGCAUACUAGUCCAGGAAAUUAUUAUAUGCCAGAUCCAAUAUAUUAUACUCCCCCUCCAACCUCAUCUAAUUCGAUCCAUCCAUACACGCAUACUAGUCCAGAAAAAACCUCAACUUACUACAAUGAUAAUGAAAGACCACCAUCAUAUGAACCCCAAUAUACAUCUUACGUGCCACCACAAAGUGGUUAUCCCCCACCUCCCAGUUUCGAGCAAGCUACGAACAGUAGUAGUGAUGGCACUGAUAUGAAAUUUAAUACAAAGCCCAAACCUCAAGACUUAUGGGCUGUGGUUUUAUUUCUGUUAGAUUUUCUGGCAUUCGUCGUUGUAUCUGCGAUCUCUCUAAGAGAUUACGAGAUCAUACAACGUCAAAGUCGUACGCCUGUCGAAAGCAUAACUUUGAAUUGGAGUACUAUUUGGCUUUUAGCGUUUUGUGUUGGAAUCGGAUUCGUGCUAAGUGCAGGCUAUUUGAUAUUAGCACAUAAAUACUACUGGGUGUCUCAAGUUAUCCAAACUUUUAUUCAUGUUACAACUUCUGGCGUAUUUGCUUCCUAUUACUUCCUUGAAGGAACACCUCAAAGUGUUCCACCUUCACCUACCUUGAAUAGUGCAAAAAGGGCAGCGACCACUAGCUUUGGGAGUAUUUGCUUUGGAAGUUUAUUAGUUGCCAUACUACAAGUUAUUCGUGAACUUUUGAGAUCUCUAGCUCAAGACACUGAUAAUCCCUUUGGCGCGUUUUGCGCUGCUUGUGCAGCUGCAUUAGUUGGAUAUAUCGAUUCAUUGUUAGAAUAUUUCAAUUUUUACGCGUAUACACAAGUAGCAAUUUAUGGAAAGUCAUUCUGUGAUGCGGAUACUUGGACUAUGAUUAAAGAUCGUGGUGUUGAGGCCAUUAUUAACGAUAACCUUAUAGGCACCGUGAUUAUGAUGGGUUCAUUUCUGGUUGGAAUGAUCACCGCUCUAUUUGGAUAUCUUUACACGAUCAUCUUUCAUCCCAGGUUCAAUGCUGAUGGAGGAUUCACUCCAUUAUUAGUGUUUCUGGCAUUCAUUAUUGGAUUCCAAAUGCUAUCAAUUAUAGGAUCUGUAAUUUUUAGUGGAGCCGCUACAACAUUCGUUUGUUUAGCCGAAAAUCCGGAUGCGUUGGCUAGAACCAAACCAGAUUUAUAUAAUGAGAUCAUCGGGACCUAUCCUGCUUUUGCUCAAGGAAUUCGAGCAUAA